AUGAGUCCCCUUGCUCGCCAGUGCUACUCCCAUGACUGCGAAGCCGCGGUCAACGAUCAAAUCAAUGUGGAGUACAAUGUUUCAUAUGUCUAUCAUGCCUUGUAUGCAUACUUCGAUCGUGAUAACGUUGCCCUUAAAGGCUUUGCCAAGUUUUUUUCAAAGAAUCGAGUGAGGGAAGAGAGGGAGCAUGCAGAGAAGCUGAUGAAAUACCAGAACAAACGUGGGGGGAGAGUGAAGCUGCAUUCAAUUGUAAGGCCUCCCUCUGAAUUUGACCACCCUGAGAAAGGAGAGGCGCUGCAUGCUAUGGAACUAGCAUUGUCACUUGAGAAACUGACUAAUGAGAAGCUUCUCCAUUUGCAUGGUGUAGCUUGCAAGUGUAACGAUCCUCAAAUGGCAGACUUUGUUGAGAGUGAGUUUCUCGGUGAUCAGGUGGAAGCUAUAAAGAAAAUCUCUGAUUACAUUUCACAACUGAGAAGGGUGGGCAAAGGGCAUGGAGUUUGGCAUUUUGAUCAGAUGCUUCUCCAUGAAGAAGAAGCAGUUGUUGCAUGAGAGUAUAAUAAUAAUAAUAAUAAUAUCAGCUGUACUACUAUAGUUUGUAUGCGUGUUGUACUUUGUAGAUUAAUCUUCUAGAGUACCUCCUACUCAACUUUGUGGACCGUUUCUCAUAAGAACUCGGACAAAGUUAAUUUCUACAAUAAAUUUCAAUCCUGAUAUCGAAUGUGAAUUCUUUGCCAGCAUUCAGAGACAAUGGAAUUAGUUUCUUAA